AUGGGCAAGAAGCUGGUGACGGCCCAGAAGCGGGGAGAGACUCGUGCACUCUGCCUGGGUGUAGUCAUGGUGCUGGCUGCUGUCAUCUCCUACUACAUCCUGGGCACCACCAUGCUUCCCCUCUACCAGAAAAGUGUAUGGACCCAGAAAGUCACAUGCCAAUUAAUUGAGACCAACAUCCGGGACCAGGAGAAGCUUCAGGGCAAGAAGGUGGCCCAAUACCCAUGCCUAUGGGUCAACGUGUCAGCCAUGGGCCAGUGGGCUGUGCUGUACCACACAGAGGACACUUGGGACCAAAACCAGCAGUGCUCCUACAUCCCAGGCAGCCUGGACAACUACCAGGCAGCCCGAGCCGACGUGGAGAAAAUCAGAGCCAACUUCCAGAAGAACCAAGUUUUCGACUGCUUCUCGAAUAUGCAGGAGAAUGACACCAGGGUCCUGCACACACGCCUCUAUGAGCCCCGGACUCUUCUUUUAAAUCUCUUCUGGCCCACCUUCCUGCUGACUUGUGGCCUCAUCAUUAUCGCCAUGGUGAAGAUCAACCAGUCCCUUUCCAUCCUGGCGGCCCAGAAGUAG